CGUUUCCCAGGAGGCAGUGCGGCACGGCGAGCGAGAGCCAAAAAAGCCUGGGCGUCCUGGGCGGUAGCUCUGUGGCGCGUCCCGGGCUCUGGGUUUGCGCCGCUGUCUGCAGCUCUCCGGCGGGCGAGAGGUCGCGGACUCAGUGCUGCGGCCGUAAACCCUACUCCGCGCUGAGCCGAGCGAGGCGGGCUGCGACCGGGCCCCACCAUGGCCGCGAACUAUUCCAGUGUGAGUAACAAGAAAGAUCACGUGAAAAUCACAAACAAGUCCCAGCCGGGCUUCUUGGAGCGGCUGAGCGAGACCUCGGGUGGGAUGUUCGUGGGGCUCGUGACCUUCCUGGUCUCCUUCUACUUAAUCUUCACCAAUGAGGGCCGCGCAUUGAAGACGGCGACCUCGCUGGCCGAGGGGCUCUCGCUGGUGGUGUCCCCCAGCAGCAUCCACAGCGUGGCCCCGGAGAACGAGGGGAGGCUGGUGCACAUCAUCGGGGCUCUGCGGACGUCCAAGCUCUUGUCUGAUCCUAACUAUGGGGUCCACCUCCCGGCUGUGAAGCUGCGGCGGCACGUGGAGAUGUACCAGUGGGUGGAGACCGAGGAGUCCAGGGAGUACACGGAGGACGGGCAGGUGAAGACGGAGAGGAAGUACUCCUACAACACAGAAUGGAGGUCGGAGGUUGUCAACAGCAGAAACUUUGACCGAGAGAUUGGCCACAAAAACCCCAGCGCGAUGGCCGUGGAGUCGUUCACCGCAACAGCCCCCUUCGUCCAGAUCGGCAGGUUUUUCCUUUCGGCGGGGCUCAUCGACAAAGUGGACAACUUCAAGACGCUGAGCUUGUCUAAGCUGGAGGACCCGCAUGUGGACAUCAUUCGCCGGGGGGACUAUUUCUACCACAGUGAAAACCCCAAGUACCCCGAGGUUGGAGACCUACGUGUCUCCUUCUCCUACGCGGGGCUGAGCGGCGACGACCCCGACCUGGGCCCGGCUCACGUGGUCACCGUGAUUGCCCGGCAGCGAGGUGACCAGCUGGUCCCCUACUCCACCAAGGCGGGGGACACUCUGCUUCUGCUGCACCACGGGGACUUCUCGGCAGAGGAGGUGUUUCGUCGGGAACAGAAGAGCAACUCGCUGAAGACGUGGGGCCUGCGGGCGGCCGGCUGGGUGGCCAUGUUCAUGGGCCUCAACCUCAUGACGCGGAUCCUCUACACGCUGGUGGACUGGUUCCCCAUCUUCCGAGACCUGGUCAACAUCGGCCUGAAGGCCUUUGCCUUCUGUGUGGCCACCUCGCUGACCUUGCUGACCGUGGCCGCCGGCUGGCUCUUCUACCGGCCCCUGUGGGCGCUUGGCAUCGCUGGCCUGGCCCUGGUGCCCAUCAUCAUUGCUCGGACUCGGGUGCCAGCCAAGAAGCUGGAGUGAGCGGGCACGGUGCCCGCAGACACCCCCGCGCCUCGGACCCAGGCCGCCCUCCCCCGACCCUCCUGGGUCCUGGAUUCCACACGCGCCCCGCCCUGGCUGCACACGGCUGGCGGGUUGGUGUCCAUCAGUUAGCCCUUCACGCCCCUUCUUGCCAGAGGGCAGCUUUGCUGGCAGGGGCAGCUCCUGUCUGGCAGCGUGACCUCCGCCCUCCUGCUUGUCUCCUUUCCUUCUCUGGGCACCGCGUGGCCACCUGUGCCUCUUAGCUGAUGUCUGUAGAGGUGGUGACGCUCAGACCGGAGACGGUGCCCGGCCCCGCCACAGCCGCGGCCACGCUGACUCCAGGACGGUGGCCCGGGCACCGCAGACCCCAUCUACGUGCAGCUCAGCUCGGUGCUCAGAGGCCCACGGGGUGUCCCGAUGACCGUGGGUGUUUGUCAGGCUUUGCACGCCUGUUGGUUGGGCAGAAUCCUUCUGGGGUGCAGGACCUUCGAAAGGUCUGGUUACUUAGGUUUCUUAUGCUUCAUGUCCCUGCAUGAAACUCCCUGACAGGGGAUUGUGUGGGGGGUUGUUAAGUGGGGGUUGUUUCAAAUAAGCCUUAAAAAACAAAACACCUCCUGAAUGAUUCAUAUUUGACUGUUACACAAAAGCCCUCUGUGAUCUGUCUGUUGAAGUCAGUUCAGAGCACGGACGUUCGGUGGGGCUGUGACUUAACCUGGUUGAGGAAGUUACCGUCUGUAUUCUGGGUCCCUGGGAAGGUUUUCAAAGCUUCAGGUUCUUUGAAACCAGUGUUAGCAGAAGGCUUGUUUUCCCUCUGAGAGGAGAUGGGGGUCUCUGCGUCGGAGAGAAAGGCAUUUCCUUUCUUCUCUGGCAUCAAAAUGCACUGUUUUCUUGAAGGUGAUUUUGAAUUACUCAACUAUCCCAAGUGUGUUCCUUCAUGGUGACCCCCCUUGCACACACACACGCGCACACACACCCCAGAUCAACCACAGUCAGGCGUCAGAGGCUGUGUGUUGGACAGCUCUCGCCUGGCUCUUUUCACCACACGCUCUGCCAUUAGCACCCGGCCCCAAGUGGCUGCUUCUGGGUGGUUUAUGUGUUCAGUGUCCACAGCUUUAUCCUAACUCAAAUCCACCCACAGUUAAUUCCCAGAGUUUCUAGUCUCCUAACUGCUUUCACACCCUUUGAAAGAUAAAGUAUGUGGAAACGUCGAUGUCUUAAAAGACGGUGCGUCCUUUGACUAUUUGGAAAUUGCUCUGCCUUCCUGGGGUGGCUGCUUCAGUGAGUGAGUAAUCUGUCUCUGUCCUGGGGGACUUGUGUAAAUUGAGAUUUUUUUCCUAUUCAAAACAACCAGCCCCAGGGAUGAGUUAUCUGGGUUUAAGGAUUGAAAUAGUGUUCACUAUUGCUUAUUAAAUCAAUGGUUUCUUUGACUUUCUCAGCUCCUAAAGGUGCAUUUGGAAAGCACAGUGACAAAAUGAUGGCCAAAUACAAAAUCCUUGACAUUUGUGUAACUUUUUCCUAGUACAAAUUUUAAGUUACUGCCAAUUUCAAGUGUUCUUAAAGAACAAAAGAAUGUUAAAUAUUUCAAGCAUUUGGAACAUCAUAAUGAAACUUGUAUUAUCUUUGUAUUUUUGAUUAAAAAUUCAAAAUAAAUUUCUAAACAUCUUUUGAUAUAGAA